AGGUCGUCCGCGGCUGCAGCGGGCAGGGGGAUGCGAAACCUCCGACGCCGGAGAGUCGGCUCCGGCCCGCGGUCUGGCACCAUGCACUAGGGUACCCAGAACACUGCAAGGCCACGCCCUCCUCACUUCAGGGGUCACUCUCCCCACUGCCUACCACCCCACCAUGGCUGGGGAUCGUCUCCCGAGGAAAGUGAUGGAUGCAAAGAAGCUGGCCAGCCUGCUGCGUGGAGGGCCUGGGGGCCCCUUGGUCAUCGACAGUCGAUCCUUUGUGGAGUAUAACAGCUGCCACGUGCUGAGCUCUGUGAAUAUCUGCUGUUCAAAGCUGGUGAAGCGGCGUCUUCAGCAGGGAAAAGUGACCAUUGCUGAGCUUAUCCAGCCUGCUACGCGAAGCCAGGUGGAUGCCACAGAACCACAGGAUGUGGUGGUGUAUGACCAGAGCACACGAGAUGCCAGCGUGCUGGCAGCAGACAGCUUCCUGUCCAUCCUGCUCAGCAAGCUAGACGGCUGCUUCGACAGUGUGGCCAUCCUCACAGGAGGCUUUGCCACCUUCUCCUCCUGCUUCCCUGGCCUCUGUGAGGGCAAACCUGCCACCCUACCAUCCAUGAGCCUCUCUCAGCCUUGCCUGCCUGUGCCCAGUGUUGGCCUGACCCGAAUCCUGCCUCACCUCUACCUGGGUUCUCAGAAAGAUGUCUUGAACAAGGAUCUGAUGACCCAAAAUGGAAUAAGCUAUGUCCUCAAUGCCAGCAACUCCUGCCCUAAACCAGACUUCAUCUGUGAGAGCCGUUUCAUGCGUAUCCCCAUCAAUGACAACUACUGUGAAAAGCUGCUGCCCUGGCUGGACAAGUCCAUUGAGUUUAUUGAUAAAGCCAAGCUGUCCAGCUGCCAAGUCAUUGUUCACUGUCUGGCUGGCAUCUCUCGCUCUGCCACCAUCGCCAUCGCGUACAUCAUGAAAACCAUGGGCAUGUCUUCUGACGACGCAUACAGGUUUGUGAAGGAUAGGCGCCCCUCCAUCUCGCCCAACUUCAACUUCCUGGGCCAGUUGCUGGAGUAUGAGAGGAGUCUGAAGCUGCUGGCUGCCCUGCAGAGUGAUGGACCUCACUUGGGGACCCCUGAGCCCCUCAUGGGCCCGGCAGCAGGCAUCCCACUGCCCCGGCUGCCACCAUCUACCUCAGAGAGCGCUGCCACCGGGAGCGAGGCAGCAACCGCAGCCAAGGAGGGCAGCCCGAGUGCUGGAGGGGAUGCUCUGAUCCCCAGCACAGCUCCAGCUACCAGCGCACUGCAGCAGGGCCUUCGUGGCCUGCACCUCUCCUCUGACCGCCUCCAGGACACCAACCGCCUCAAGCGCUCCUUCUCCCUGGACAUCAAGUCGGCCUAUGCGCCCAGCAGGAGACCCGACUUUCCCGGCCCACCCGACCCUGGAGAAGCCCCGAAGCUCUGCAAGCUGGACAGCCCGUCUGGGGGCACGCUGGGCCUGCCCUCACCCAGCCCGGACAGCCCGGACUCCGUUCCAGAGUGUCGCCCACGACCCCGUCGGCGACGUCCCCCGGCCAGUUCUCCUGCCCGCUCCCCCGCGCACGGCCUGGGCCUGAACUUUGGAGACACCGCCCGGCAGACUCCGCGGCACGGCCUCUCGGCCCUGUCGGCGCCCGGGCUACCUGGCCCUGGCCAGCCGGCUGGCCCCGGGGGCUGGGCGCCACCACUGGACUCCCCAGGCACACCGUCACCCGACGGACCCUGGUGCUUCAGUCCCGAGGGCGCGCAGGGUCCAGGCGCUGUGUUCUCUGCCUUUGGCCGGGCGAGCGCGGGCGCGCCUGGACCCGGUAGCGGCAGCAGCAGCGGUGGUGGCGGCGGCGGAGGCAGCAGUAGCAGCAGCAGCGACCUGCGGCGGCGGGAUGUGCGGACCGGCUGGCCCGAGGAGCCUGCUGCAGAUGCACAGUUCAAGAGGCGCAGCUGCCAGAUGGAGUUCGAAGAGGGCAUGGUGGAGGGGCGGGCACGUGGCGAGGAGCUGGCAGCCCUGGGCAAGCAAACCAGCUUCUCUGGCAGUGUGGAGGUCAUCGAAGUAUCGUGACCCUUCAGGAGUCCCUGUGCCCUUGCUCCAGCCAGGCCAGGUAUAAAUAUAUAUUAUAUAUAAAACACACAGAAAAGGUAAAUGGUUUUACUGCAAUUUUUAUCAAGAAGUAAAUAUUUCGAUUUUUUUAUUUAUUUAAGCUAGUGAUCUGGCAACUGUGCGGGGCGGCCCUAAAGCUCUGUUUUUACUGUCUGGUAUUUAAACUGAAACAGGUUUCUAAGCAAUAUGAGGCCACCUUCAAUCCCAAGCUGGGUUGACAGGCCUGGGCCCCUCCUUGCCCUUCCCCUCUGGAAACAUUACUGACCUUUCAAAGAGCUGCCCAGCUUUCCUGCACUUUUUACAUAAGAUAAAGGGGGAAAAUGAAAAAAAAAAAAAAACAAACCCAAACCCUUA